AUGUCCGAUCCAUCCCCUAGCCCCGUCCUUCGACUCAGGAUAACUCACAUCACCUCCACCCUCUCCCCUCCUCUUCCAUCCCUGAGUACGACCUACAUCCCUCCCCAUCUCCCUACCCCAAUUCCCCCAGGAUGUCUACCUCAUCAGAUGCCUGUCAUUAGAAUAUUCGGUACUACUUCUCAUGGCCAAAAGAUAUGCGCAAAUAUACACCUGUGUUACCCCUACUUCUUCGUGCCUUUCCCCAUGGACUCUGUCGAUCCUCUCAGGCCAGAACGAGUCGGACGUCUCUGCUCAAGAUUUGGAGUGUCACUGAAUCAUGCAAUAUGUCUGGCGUUGAGACAAACACCGGGGGCAUCACAACAAGCUUCAGACAAGUACGCAGGAGGGACAGAUCCUCGACAUCUACACGUCCUCUCUGUCAUGCUGGUCAAAGGUGUCCCAUUCUAUGGUUAUCAUGUCGGAUGGAGUUAUUGGCUCAAAGUCAGUCUCAGUAAUCCGGGGAGGAUGUGGGUGGCAUUGGAACAACUGAGGAAACCUGUGGUUCUGGGUAGAGAAUGGCAGCCUCAUGAAGCUCAUCUGAACCACGUCUUGCAAUUCAUGUGUGAUUUUGAUCUAUAUGGAUGUGGGUGGCUAGAGCUGGAGGGAGGGACUUUCAGGGAACCUUUACCGGAAGGAGACCCUUUCCAAUCCCCUCAAGGCCCUGUUACCCACUUUAACAACAUUUCCACUCCCUCUUAUAUGAAAUACCCACCCAAUCUCUCCCCUCCGAAAGACACAUACACACCUCUUGAAAUCGACGUCCUCCCCCAACACAUCCUCAAUCGUCGUCGGCUAGCUUCCAGAAAUCUGCAUCAUGACUUUAUAGAGCUCCUCCAUCGCCCUUUGGAUCCGAACCAGAAGCUCGUACCGGCCGUCAAAGAACUGUGGGACGAUGAACGUCGACGUCGAGCUGCUAAAGGUUUAUCCCUGUCGGAAACAGCCAUGAUGCCUGGCUCGGGGGGUAUGGGUGGUCACACCAUGGCGGAGUUGGGGUACAAGAUGGAAGGAGAGGAGAGGAAGAACAGGGGUGGAGAUUGGAAGAUUAGUGAAGAACUGUGGGAGAUGAUUGAACAGAGGAUGGAUGAGGAGCGGAGAAAGAGGGGGAAGUUGACUUUUGAGAGGUUCAUCACAGAUGUCACUGGAGGUAAAGGGGGAGAGAAGAGAAAAUAUGAUAAGUGGGUCAUGACAACCUUUGAAGCCGUUUCUGCGCAUUGGCCACGUCUCCCCAAACCUCCAAAAUCAACGCAACGAUCUAAGAGAUCUCGUCGAUCCACCCGUCCUUCCUCACCGAUUCCCUCAGCUCCCACAUCACCUUUCCCUCUACUCUCGUCGCCCGAAAAACCGCAUACAUCUCCCAUCAAACCCUUGCCUCCUCUUUUCGAUUUUACCGAUGACGAAAGUGACGAAGAGAAUCCAUUCGAGCUGUUCGCUCUUACCCAACUUCCUCAAGAACCCGUCCCGGUGGAAGUCAAUCAGUACGCCAUUUCGAGUGAUGUUCUUCCUCCCAUCGACGAGGAGGACGAGACUGAAGCCGAGCGGGCACAUGAAAACGCUGCUAAACUUCACGCAGAGGAAGCACAGAAACUCCGUGCGACCCAGAUCUCCGGCCAAGGUAGUGAUUAUGGUUCCGAAUUUGGUGAUGAAGAAGUAGACGAGCUGUUCCGUCGGACUGUCGGAGGGUCUGCUACAUCUACUCCUCGUAAGAGAAGAGUGAUUGGUCUUUCUACGCCCACUACCGGCGGGACGACGACUGCUUCUGCUUCUGGUGAUUCCCUGACUACGAGACGGGAGAGGAGGGAUUUACGAAUGCGUCAACAAGCUGGGCUUGGCGAUCUGUCAACAAUCUUUGACGCUUCAUCCAUCAGUUUAACCCCCGAUAAUCCAUUUUCAGAGGGUGACAGUCCUAGGACCCCGAGCAAGUCCAAGACGCCCGUAUCGGAAAGACCGACGCCAACAUCCCUCAUCAGAAAUAUAUUUUCAAAGAAUAGACGAGGAUCACCCUUCGCUUCCCCUACGAGGCGACUUACUGCUCAAAAUGCCAUCGUCUUGCCGCCUUCUAGGAGGUCACUAGGGGAAUGGAGGUCGACUUCUCCCGACGAUGCUCUUGUCGAAAGAGAGACGACACCGACUCCCACCGCGUCAAAGGUCGAGCUUAAGGAUGGGCUGAUUGAACUGGAUGAAAACGACGUCAACGCUGAGACCGAGGUACUCCGCGAAAUCAUGAUCAAGGACGAUUCAGCAGAUAUCGAGAUCAUGCUUCCUCCAGCGCAGCGGCGGACAUCUUCCACACCAGAUUCGGAUGGGGAUCGCCACCCAUCUUCAUCUUCUGAUUCAACGCCCACACGAAAACGAAAGAUCCCUAGUCCGACCCUUCGGAACGACGUCGAUGUCCAUGACAAACUGACUUCACAUGACAUAGCUCCGACUGAAGUGGUAGCGGGCUCCAACGACAAACCACGUAAACGAGUUCGUAUGGCUUCUCCCUGCUCCUCCAGUAAUUCCUCUAACCCUCAAGUAAGAUCCACUUCCACAUCUCUGAAUAACAGUCAACAUCUGGUAUCAAGCGGCGACACAUUGUCUUCCACCGAUACAUCUCUCCCUGCUACCGAUACAACCUCCACCUUUCCCUCAUUACUCUGUGACACAGCAUGGUCCUACUCACGUCUUCCACCUUCAAGCGCUUUCGUGAAAAACACGAUGGAAGAACACGGAGUUUCCUCAAUAAUUUACCAAGAACCGUUCUAUUCCAAUCAUUCAGAUGUACCCUCCAGAGCGAAACUAUUCGCGGGUCGUAUGUUCACUAUAAGAGGUAAUGGUACGAGAGAAUUGGAAGAGUUUCAUUCCAUGCUUCCUACGGGGAAAAGAUGGUUGAAGACUCUCCGUAAAGUUGUGAGGAGUAGACAUGGAUGGGAAUAUGGGUUGCCACCUCCGAGUAAGCGAGAGGUCGUCAAGUGGUACAAUGAGGAGACUGUAAUUGGGGAGGAGAGGGGUGAGAUGAGUCAGUUGGAAGGUCCUACGCAGAAGAAUAAGUGGGGUUUCAAGUUCAGUCAGAAGAAAAAGACGAGGGACAGUGAGAGGGAGAGGCAGAAUAUGAGUGUUUUGGCUCUGGAGGUGUUUGCUACGUCGCGCCAUCAGCUGCUCCCUGACCCCGAGAAAGAUCCUCUUACAGCCAUAUUCUUUUGCUAUCAAAACGAAGAUGAAUCAUUGCCUGACAACACCUCUUUUCCAGGUUAUUACGCCGGUUAUGCCGUAGUUGAUUCCCCACAGAGUCGGCCGGAACGUAUGCGGCUGGACGAUGAAAUACCUCAUCAUCUCGUUGAUUCUGAAUUAGACCUCAUUAAUUGGGUCAUUGAUUUGGUCAAGGAUUGGGAUCCGGAUGUUUUGGCGGGAUGGGAGUUGCAUAAUGGUUCUUGGGGUUAUUUAGCGGCUAGGGCCGAACAUGGUUUUUCUCUCGACCUGACCGAUCAACUCUCCCGUGUUAUAACAGGUCAUACUGGACCAAAGAAAGAUUUCUACUCCGCCACUCAGACUUCUACUUUCAAAGUCUCCGGUAGACAUAUCCUCAACAUCUGGCGAAUAUGUCGAUCUGAACUCAACUUGACCCAGUAUACCUUUGAGAAUGUUGCAUUUCAUUUACUUCAUCAAAGAGUACCGCACUAUUCCGCGGCGAAUCUGACAGCUCUGUGGAAAAGUAAAAUGCCUUCUCAUACACUUCGAGUCAUCAAAUAUCUUUUACAGAGGGUGGUAAUGUAUAUGGAGAUGGUAGAUGCGGCUGAGAUAAUCACUAAGAAUGCUGAAUUUGCCCGUGUCUUCGGUGUCGACUUCGCAUCCGUCAUGUUCCGAGGUUCCCAAUACAAAGUCGAAUCAUUCAUGUUCAGAAUAGCGAAACCCGAAUCUUUCGUCCUCGUCUCUCCCUCAAAACAACAAGUAGGACUUCAGAACGCUCCUUUUGCAGUACCUCUCAUCGCUGAGCCAGAAAGCCAGUUUUAUACUCAUCCUAUCCUGGUGUUAGAUUUUCAAAGUUUGUAUCCAAGUGUUAUGAUUGCGUAUAACAUAUGUUUUUCCACCUGUUUAGGGAGGGUUGAGAAGUUUAGAGGGACGGAUAAGUUUGGGUUUACCGAGUUGAAAGUUGAUGAUGGGGUCUUGGAGUUGUUGAAGGAUUAUCUUACUGCAGUCACACCGAAUGGUAUGAUCUUCGUCAAACCAGCUGUACGCAAGAGUCUUUUAUCCAAAAUGCUUGGUGAGAUUCUCGACACUCGUGUGAUGGUGAAACAAGCUAUGAAAGGGGCUCGAGGGGACAAGAGCUUGUUGCAGCUUCUCAAUGCCCGUCAGCUUGGUUUGAAGCUCAUGGCGAACGUCACUUAUGGCUAUACUUCCGCCACCUAUUCUGGUCGAAUGCCAUGUAUCGAAGUGGCCGACUCUAUCGUUCAAACUGGUCGAGAGACUUUAGAAAAGGCUCAAGAGAUGAUUCACUCAAACGCUGCAUGGGGAGCUCAGGUGGUGUACGGAGAUACAGACUCUUUAUUUGUCGCUUUACCAGGAAAGACGAAAGAUCAAGCUUUCGUAAUCGGGAAUCAGAUCGCAGAUGCAGUGACGGCUGCGAAUCCGAAACCUGUCAAGUUGAAGUUUGAAAAAGUCUACAUGGGAUCCGUACUCAUGGCCAAGAAACGCUACGUAGGGUUCAAGUAUGAACAUCCGGACGAGACCGAACCGGUGUUUGAUGCAAAGGGUAUAGAAACGAUACGACGAGAUGGUUUUCCGGCUCAGGGUAAGAUAGAAGAGGUUUGCUUGAAAAUGCUCUUCCGUAAUCAAGACCUUUCCCAAAUCAAAGAAUUUUGCCGACAAGAAUGGACGAAAAUCCUUCAAGGACGUAUCUCGUUACAAGAUUUCAUCGUUGCCAAAGAAGUACGAUUAGGAUCUUAUUCUGAUAAAGGCGUUCCGCCUCCAGGAGCGGCCGUAGCUUAUAGACGUAUAUUGAAAGAUCCAAGGGAUGAACCUCAAUACGCCGAGAGGGUCCCUUAUGUUAUUUCGAACGCUGAGGGACGAAGAUUGAUUGAUAGAGCUAGGACGCCGGAGGAGAUGUUGGCGAACCGAUCACUCGGGAUAGACGCGGAGUACUACAUCCGUAAUUUACUCAUCCCCCCAUUAUCGCGCAUCUUCAAUCUGGUCGGAGCAGAUGUGGAAAGUUGGUACGAGUCUAUGCCACGUACGAAGCGAGCUGGAAAGUAUGACAGAUCGAAUGGAAAGAUGAGGAUUGAUAGUCAUUUCAGAUCUAGUCAUUGUGUGGUUUGUGGAGGAGAGUCGUCCACUGACAUUUGUCGAUCAUGUAGACAUACCCCAUCUUCCACCUCACAUGCACUAUUAUCCCGAGAACAUCUAGCCCAAUCGGCAUUGUCGGACUUUCACAGGAUCUGCGCUUCAUGCUCUUCCACACCACCAGGAGAGGUCAUAUUGUGUGACUCGGUCGAUUGUCCAGUUUUGUAUGCUAAGGUGAAGGCGGAGAGAGAAAUGGAAGAUCUGGGAGGAGUAAGGGAAGUCAUUGGGUCUUUGGAAUAG